UUUUUACCUUUCUUCUAUUCUUUAAAAUAUUCUCUUCUCUCUCCCAAUUCCUCGGCGAUUUUUAUCUCUACUCCCAUUUUCAGGAGCAAAAUCGUCAGAGCCGCCGAUUUCACUUCCGAAACGCUGCCGAUUAAGUCGCCUUACUCUCUCUCUCUCUCUCUCUCUCUCUCUCUCUGUCACACCUGGUUCGAAUCUGCAGUCAGGAGAUUGUAGAUUUCAAUUCGUUAUCGGAGUUUUUGGAUGCGUUUGAGAGUUUCAGAAGAAAAGCUGAAAGUUAUAUCUUAUCGAGUUUCGUGAAGAUUAGAAUAACGGCGGAAGAUUCUUUUCAUGUGGUCCGCCAAUCUGCACAGAUCAGUAGAAUUUUUUUUUAUCAUCCAGAGGUUGACCUGAUGAGCAGGGGAAAACGUCGGUGGUGAUAGAUGAGCACAACUGAUGUUAUUGGCAGUAGAAGGGAGAGGGUUCUUUUCUUCUUCAGCUUCUGGUUAUAGCAGUAGCUUGUCUCUUCUUCUUUUGGGUCAGAAGAGCCAAGAUAAACCCAUGAGAGUUUUGCCAUUGUUGGUGGACCGCGAGCCUGACCUUAAUAUCCAGCUGGCUUCAACAAAGACGUGGAUUUCCUGGAGGUGUGCCUCCCCCUCCUUUCGUCGCUGCUUCCGUCAUAAUCCUGCAGGGCCAACAACUCCAUCUUUGAAGAAACCGGCCACUGCACAGCGCCAAGACAGUUUAAGGACAUCUCCUCUUUCAGAUAAUGGAAAGAAUCAUGUUCCUAGUUCAGAUGAGGAUAAUCUUGCAAGAAAAAUGGUGCUUAAAAGUAGCUUGAAAAAGGCAUCAGAUGCUACUACAGAUUCUGUUCGGAAUGCUGAUGGAAAUGAAGCAGUGGGAGGAAAGGGUAGUUGUGAUUCUAGUCAUGUAGAAAGAAGGAAAGUACAGUGGACAGAUACUUGUGGAAGCCAGCUUGCCGAAGUCAAAGAAUUUGAACCAAGUGAAAUAAAUGCAUCUGAUGAUGAAAAUGAUAUGGGGAAAAGAAGGUGUUUAUGCACCAUCAUGUAAUUCAUUCAGAAACCAUUUUUACCAUUGAUGAUGUUUGCUCAAGAUCCUCAAAGAUCUGCUGACUUGAAUCAAAUCAAACUGGUUGGCUCGAGAAUUUUUUGUGACAGAGGAAGCUGUGUCAGAGAUUUUAGACAAGCAGGAACCGUCCAGGAAGUCUGUUGGUUCCCAUGUUCUUCAUGGUGAUCAUUUAUCCGUGGUAGUGCUGAUUUCAGUAAGUUUUUGUUUUUCUGUAAUUUUCUUUUCACAUGGAUGAGCUUCAAUUUUUAGCACUUUUUGUUGCUUUUUCACUGUAUCGUCCCUUAGUUUUUUGUUACUAUUUUACUCUGUUCCUUUCGUGGCUUUUUCUCUCUAUAUGAACAUUUUUUUGGGAUGUUUCAUUGCUGUUGAGUAUUUAGAAGGAAGCUUUUGAUUAGGAACUUUUGUUGGUUAAGAUAAGAUAAAAUGAGUGAUAUGCAGUGACUAUUGCCAUAA